AUGAAUCGAUUCAGUGUGGUGCUCCUGGUGCUAUCGGCCACUGCUACGCUCGUUUGCGCCGAGCCACCGGUCUUGAGCGGUGGCUACUCCUACUCCGGCGGCGGCGGUGGUGGUCACGGCCAUGGCCACGGGGGCGGCGGCUAUGAUGACGGGGGCUACAUCUCCGUCAGCCCGGGCCAUCAGUCUUCGGAAGGACUUCACGUCGACCACAGUCUGCUGCACAAGGUGAAGGAAGCGCUGCUGGAGCACGAGAACUCCGGUUCGCACGGUGGCGGCGGCGGUGGCUACUCGGGCCACGGAUCCGUCUCAGCCUCCUACCCCUCGAGCUCGUACGGACCACCGUCGCCGGUCUACGGUGUCCCGUCCUACUCCGGCCACGGAUACGGCAAAGCCACCGGCAUCGAGCUCGGACACGUUCAGCAGGGCAUUCAGGUGGCCGAAUACUACAAGGCAUCCUCGCACGGACCUUCGUCAUCUUACUCGGCUCCAUCCUAUUCUUCUCACUCUUCUUUCACCCCUUCGCACGGCUACUCGUCCGGAGGAUCAUCAUCCUACUCAUCGUCCUACUCAGCUCCAUCUGUCUCAUCUCACUACUCAGCUCCAUCUGUCUCAUCUCACUACUCGGCUCCAUCUGUCUCAUCUCACUACUCAGCUCCAUCCGUUUCAUCUCACUAUUCAGCCCCAUCCGUUUCAUCUCACUACUCAGCUCCAUCCUCGUCGUACGGUGUCCCGUCCGUCUCUUCCAGCUACGGAGCUCCAUCCUCCAGUUACGGAGCACCCUCAGUGUCGUCACACUACUCCGCACCAUCCGCACACUACUCGGCCCCAUCGGUCUCGUCGUCCUACUCCAGCUACUCGGCUCCAUCCUUCUCGUCUCACUCGGGCGGUUCCUACGCUCACUCGUCCGGCCCCUCGUUUGCCGCGAUUCCUUCGUCCUCGUACGGAGUUCCAUCGUUCGGCGGCGGCGGCGGUGGCUCUUCCAGCUACCACCACCACCGACCAUCGCACGGUCCGAGCCUACACUCGCUCUCCUCCUACCGCCCACCGUCCUCCUCGUACGGACCGCCGCCGCGCCCGGUCUACGGGGUACCGCACCAUCACUGA